CUUACGCCCCGCCCACACUGUCUGAGUCUCGUUUCUCCAGAAAAUGGCGCUGUGUUUACGUCUGUGUGUCUUUCAUCUGCUUAGUUUUGAAUGUUUAGACUUUUGAUGCAUUUAUCAAUUACUAACCGGUAAGAUAAUUUGCGUUGUCUACCAGAUCUAUCUGCGGAAACAAACUGACCAUUGGAUUAAGGAAGUUUAUGAUGAACUCCACCAACGGAGUGAAGCAGAGACCAGGCUUUGUGGAAUUCAGCUCCGACUACAUCGAUUCGCCCAAGCAUAGUAGCAACAUCAAGAUAAUGCAGGCUGCAGAGGCUACUACAGACUCCUCACUGAGAGAGGGAAUAGAGGCGCUCGGAGUGGGGGACACUGAGAAAACCACUGGUAGGGAAGAGGAAGGUGAGAAAAACAAAGACGGGACAGAUGUGGCAGCUGCAAAAGCAGAGGAGAUCAAAUCAGAGGAUCCAAAAGAUGGAGACAAAGGUGGAGAUGCGAUGGAAGGAGAGGGGCAGAAGGGGGAGAUGCAAGCAGACAGCAAGAUGGAGGGAGGCGAUAGAAAGCAGGUGGAGCGAGAGUGGGAAAUCACCUAUAGCGAUGACGAAAUCGAGGACCCCAAAAACUGGAUGCCCCCUCCCGACGAAAUCAAAAGACUGUAUGAGCUCCUUUCAAAAGGGGAGAAGCUGGAACUGAACUUUGUGCCCUUUCCUCGAAGACCGCCUACACCUGAGAGGACCCCCUCACCCGAGAGAGAUGAUGAGGACGAGGCGGCAAAAGAGAGGGAGAGGGAGGAUAGAGAGCGCAAGGCCCCAUCUCCCACAGAGUUUGAUUUUGAUGAAGAGCAGAUACAACAGACUCCAAAAAAUACUUUUAUCAACCGACGCAGGACACCAGGGUCCUCGGCUCGGUCCUCUGUCAAACGGGAGGCUAGGUUGGACAAGGUACUGUCAGACAUGAAACGCCACCGCAAAAUCGAGGAGCACAUUCUCCGGACUGGACGAGACCUCUUCAAGAGCGAGAAGAGCAGCCGAGCCGGGCCCGAGGAGGCACUGUCUCCCAACAGUCAAAAAGAGCGAGAAAAGGAGAGGGAGAGAGACAGCGACCCCAGCAAAAUCUUCUCGCCAAGACAGAGGCGAUACUGAGACAGGACUUUACAAGAGGAAGGAACUGCAGGCCAAGAGCUUCGAGGCUUGAUUUUUUUUAUGCCAUUACCAAUUUUGUAUGAUUGUGCGUUUUGUAUCCUUGUAAUAAACAUUUUACUCAUUA